AUGCCUAAUUGCGGGGCAAGUGGAAAAUUUUUAUCGCCGGCAGGGGCCGCUGCUUGUAGUGUUUGUCCAUCUAAGUUUCACAAAGUCUGUCUGGGAUUAACUGAAAAAGCACAAAUGAGCAAAGGUUGGCUUUGCCCGAACUGCGCGAAUAAAUCGCAAAGAGGAGGUGACAACAGCCAAACUCCAGUAAAAAACAUCUGCGGAGAUAGCGAUACGGAGGCAGCGCCCUCUGGGCCUGAGGCAGGGCGUCCGAUAAGCGUGAGCAACGUUAAUGAGCAACCGGAAGUCGCCGAGGUAUCUGAGUUUCGUCGCGAAUUCGCGGGAUACAUGGCAGAGAUAUGCGAAUUCCGAAAGGAGAUGGCGAGUUUACGCGAUUCUCUUACGACAAUAACGUCGCGUCUCGAUCUAGUACAGCAGAGAGUGGAGGCGCUGGAGAAGAUCCCGAAAAAAGUUGCCGAGCUCGAAGGCACUAUAUCGCAGCUGAAACAGGAGCUCAACUACCGUGAUCAGGAGGCGCUCCUUGCUGACCUCGAGAUCGGCCAGCUCCCAGAAGAGAAGGGUGAAGGGGUUGUCCAGGCUGUGACGGUGUUGGCUGCGCGCAUUGACGUGAAGCUGGAGGACCAAGAUGUGGUGUUCGCGGAGCGCGUGGGCCCGCCCCCGGCCGAAGUGGGGGGUCGCGCGCGCCGCGUUGUGGUGCGCCUGUCCCGCCGACACCUGCGAGACGAGUUGCUGCGCGCGGCACGCGUACGUCGCUCUCUUGCUGCACCCGAUGGAAGUACGUGUAGUGUACGUCAACGAGCGACUGACCCGACCGAACCGUCAGCUAUUUCACCGUGUGCGCGAGGAGUGCCGUCGGUUGCACUGGCGCUAUUCCUGGAAGAAGCGUGGUCGAACAUACGCUCGGCAAGGUGA